AUGAGACAAACGAAAAGGGCAAAGUUAGAUUUAACUACAUCUGAUGAUGGCAAUAUUAAUAAGGAUGUUGUAGAUAAUAACCAAGCCGACGCUGUUAAACCUGUAAAAAUUACAAUUAUUGGUGCUGCUGGUGGUAUUGGUCAAUCGUUAUCAUUAUUAUUGAAGACUCAAUUGUUACCAAAUUCAUCUGCCAGUAAAUAUAGAUAUGGUACUGUCCAUUUAGCUUUAUAUGAUAUUAAUAAAGAUGGGGUUAACGGUGUGACUACGGAUCUUUCCCAUAUUGAUACUGCUGUUCAUGUGACUUCUCAUUCUGGUGAAGAUGGGCUAGUUGAAUCAUUAACAGACUCUGAUUUAAUUGUUGUCACUGCAGGGGUGGCAAGAAAGCCAGGAAUGACAAGAGAAGAUUUGUUUCAGAUCAAUGGGAAGAUUAUCUUGAAUUUGAUGGAUCAAGUCGUUAAGAAUUGUGAUCUUUCCAAGUGUUUUAUCUUGAUGGUUACUAAUCCUGUGAACUCAUUGAUUCCCUUAGUUAUUCGUAAAUUAAGGAAAGAGUUAAAGGGUAAAACGACCACUAGUAUUGAUGAUAUAUCCAAACGUGUUCUUGGUGUGACAAGAUUGGAUUCUGUUAGAGCAGCCACCUUUGUUCAUACAUCAUUAAGAAGUAAAGGAAUAGUAAUUGAUUUUGAAUCAUUAAGAGUACCUGUUAUAGGUGGUCAUUCGGGAUUAACUAUUAUUCCCUUAAUCUCACAAACGAAAAAUAAGAAAAAAACCAUUGCCAAUAUUAAUACAUUAAUUUCUGAAGAAGAUGUAGCUAAGCUCACUAAGAGAAUUCAAUUUGGUGGUGAUGAAGUUGUCAAGGCUAAGAAUGGUCAAGGUUCUGCUACAUUAGCUAUGGCCUUGGCUGGAUUUAGAGUCUUAGAAGAUUUGACAUCAUUAUUAUUGGAUGAAGUAGAAACUAUAUCUGAUUCACCUGGGUUUUUCCUUGCUAUAAGAGAUUCCAAUCAAAAACCUUUAGAUAUUACUGAUAAUGAUAAAUUGACUAAUUGGUUGGAUGAAAAUUUCCAAGAAAAAUCAAAGAACAUCGAAUUUUUUGAAUUACCAAUUACAAUUGAUAAGCAUGGUGUCAAAAAAAUUGAUUAUGAAUUAUUAUUGAAUAUAUCCGAAUAUGAGAAGAAAGUUUUGUUACCACCUUGUAUUGAUCAAUUAAUCGAAAAUUUUGACCAAGCAAAGACAAUUGAAGUAUAA